GCAAAAAAAGAAAAAAGAAAAAAAAAGAUUGAAAGAAAAGAAGCAGAGGUUAGGCUUAGGUAUAAACCGGCUUAGGUAUAAACCCUUCUGUCGUCUACGACAAUUGUUGCCUGGCAUCAUCAUUAUCGUCGUCAUAGACAUCAGCUGCAAAGAAAAUGGCGGUUAGGUUGAGAUUGUCGAGGUUCGGAUGCAAGAACAAACCCUUCUACAGAGUGAUGGCCGCCGACAGUAGAUCUCCCAGAGACGGCAAGCAUUUGGAGGUCCUCGGCUACUACAAUCCCUUACCCGGUCAAGAUGGUGGUAAAAGAAUGGGUCUUAACUUUGAAAGGGUGAAAUACUGGCUAUCAGUUGGUGCACAGGCAUCCGAACCCGUUCAGCGUCUUCUUUUUAGAGCAGGUGUGUUGCCACCGCCGCCAAUGACAGCUAUGGGACGAAAAGGUGGGCCCCGAGACAACCGUCAGGUCGAUCCUAUGACGGGACGUGUGACAUUUGAGAACUCAAAAAAAGACCAGGAAGCCCCUCUUGUCAAAUGAAAGAUGUUGGAAACAAGUGUGUUUGCUAUAUUGUAUGGCUUUCUCUUUCUCUCUCUCUCUCUCUCUCUCUCUCUCUCUCUCUCUCUCUUUUUGAUGUUUUUUUUGUUGUUUGCUUUCUUCACCUAUUUACCAAAUAGGCCAAAAUACAAUUAGAUGGCUGGGGAAUAAUUCUAGUACCUUUAGUCUAUACCUAUGUUUUAAGAUACUAGUUCUCUUUUUUUUUUCUUUCUUUCACUAUUGUUACUUGGUGGUUUGAUAAUAUAUUAAUAUAGUGCCUUUGAUCUU